AUGUACAUUGAGAUGGUGGUGGUGGGUGAUCAAAAUGGAGAUGUCCUGGAAGCAGCAAGAAAUGCAAAUCUGGAAAUCAUCAAUAUAUCUGGGGGGGAAGCGGGGAUGAAUAUUGGAAUUCUUCUGAAAGAUGUCAAUAAGUAUAUACCAGUAAAUAAGAAAACAGCAUUUUUAGUCUGGCCCAUCUUCACCACUGGUGUCAAUUCCAGUAGUGCAAAAAUUAUUAUCCAUUUCACAUAUAGUUUUAAUUACAAUCUGGAAAUUGACAUGCGGUUGGGGCCGUUGGCCAAGGGGGUUUGGGCGCGAAAACAGGGGGAACCGUUGGUCGCGCGCCUCGCCACGCGCCUCGCCACGCGCCUCGCCACGCGCCUCGCCACGCGCCUCGCCACGCGCCUCGCCACGCGCCUCGCCACGCGCCUCGCCACGCGCCUCGCCACGCGCCUCGCCACGCGCCUCGGGCCCGUCCUCUACCAGCCGUUAACGGCCACUGACCUGCCCACCGGAAGCCCCCUGACGCUGGCCUUUCCUCCAUUUUACCUCCCGAAGCCCGACGUUCCUCGUCGCCCUCUUCUCCGGCCAUCAGCAGUGAGAAUCAACUUGAUCAUGACAACCAACGGGGAAAACCUUCCAGUUUCGUCUGAUGACACCGUUAUGGAGGAGCAAGAUGCAGGUGCCUUUCAGCAAGAAGAAAAUAAAGAUCUGAGUGGAUUCCAGGAAGAUGCUGAAGAAGGACAGACUUCAGUAGCUGAUGAGACUGAAACAAAAAAUCCUGGAGAGAGUGAAUUGAGUGCGGAUUACUGGGGGGAUGAAAUCCAAAGUUUCCUGGAUGGAUUAGAAGAUUUUAAUGACUCUUUCAAUGGAGGUGAUAUUAGCAAGGAUCUUCUUGAUUUGAUGAAAAAAGUCGAACUAUAUGUUAAAGCUUCCCUCCCUGUGAGUGGCUUGGAGAUUGAGCAAGGUGGGAAAACUCAGCAAGAACUAAGGGAUGAGAUCAAAAGGUAUUAUUCCCAGGAGUUCCUGAAAAUAUUUCAGCAAUGCAAUGAGACAGUUCAGAUAUUUGAGGAAUUAUACAACAGUGUAACUGAGCCGUUUUAUCAACAAAAUGGUUUCCAACCAUCAAGCUUAGAUGAAGAAAUUCUGGAAGCAUUUAGGCAGAGAUAUGACCAAUUUACAAAGGCUAUUGAGGAAAUGAAGAGAGAAAAUGAAGUCAUUUUGAUGAAUGCACAAAAUGACCUGGAAAAAAUAUUAGAAUUACAUAGCAAGCCUCUUUUGGAAAAGAAGCUGCAGCAACAAAUAGCAAUUUUCUACAAGUUGCUUAAGUCCAUGGUAUUUUGAUGGCUUCUUAAGAAGAAAGAACUUGUACCUAUGUUAAUAUGAUAUGAUUACAACCCAUUAGCUAAGGGAGAUGUCAGUUGUUGGCUGAGGUUUAAAAAAGUUUAAGUUGUUAUACCUAGGUUUAAGUUUGCAUUUUAUGAAAUACUUUAUUAUCCAUAGAAAGCUUUACUGCUGCAGAAAAGCAGUGUCUGUUCUAUAUAAACAUCUGAAAUGCACCUUUUCAUUUAUGCAUUAGCAACUCUGCAGUUUACUAUCAAGGCCUUCAGAGUUUCGGUAUUCAUUUUUUCAACAUGAAUGGUCUUUGCACUAAUAAAGUUCGUUGAUUUUA